AGUGACUAGACAUUCGGUCAUAGGAGCGGUGGAGGGGGGCGCUCGAGCCACGUCCAUGAAGCAAAUCAACGCUUGAAGGCGGAUUACAAAGAGGCUGAGGAGACUAAUUGCGACAUCUGCAGCGUCUUCUUUCAUCUCCCCUAAAAUAUCGGCUUGGGAGCGCACAGGUUCGGCCCAGACUGCCUGUUCUGUUGAUGCCGGAGCAGGAGAUCCAGGGCGAUGUCAACACCUGAUCCUCCCAUGGGGGGUACUCCCCGUCCGGGUCCCUCCCCCGGUCCUGGCCCCUCCCCAAACGCAAUGUUGGGCCCCAGCCCAGGUCCUUCCCCUGGCUCCUCUCACAGCAUGAUGGGGCCCAGUCCUGUUCCUCCUUCAUCUGGGCACUCCCAGCCAGGGCCUUCUGGAUAUGGCCAGGAAAACAUGCACCCUCUGCACAAACCGAUGGAGGGCAUGCACGAGAAGAGCUUGUGUGAGGACAGUCGCUUCAGUCAGAUGAAGGGGCUGUCGAUGAGACAGGGCGGGCACAGCGGUAUGGGCCCCCCACCCAGCCCUCUGGACCAACACUCACAAGGUUACCAUUCUCCUCUAGGUGGCUCCGACCACUCCAGCCCUGUUGCUUCAAACGGCCCCCCAUCUGGUCCUCUUAUGCCAUCGACCUCCUCCUCAUCCUCCUCUGCUGGUUCUGCCUCAGCCUCUCUGGACGGUCCCAGUGUCGAUCAGCAUUCUUUGGGGCCUAAUCGUUCUGGACCAACAGGGAGUUCUGGACCUGGCCCAAGCCCUGGGCCUAGUCUUGGCUCUAGCAUGCCCAGUCUUGGUUCUGGCCUUGAUGGUAGCGGCCCUGGUGGUCCUGGUGGUCCGACUCCCUUUAACCAAAAUCAGCUUCACCAGCUCAGAGCCCAGAUCAUGGCAUAUAAAAUGCUAGCCCGGGGACAACCCCUGCCUGACCAUCUCCAAAUGGCUGUACAGGGAAAAAGGCCGAUGCCAGGGAUGCAGCAGCAGCAGCCCAUGUCCAGUCUGGUCUCUGGAGCUGGUGGAGGACCAGGUGGUGGUCCAACAGGACCCGGAUCAGGGCCUGGGCCAAUGGGCUCCAGCUACAGCCGGCCUCAUGGUAUGAUGGGUCCCAACAUGCCUCCCCCUGGUCCUUCAGGGACUCCAGUUGGGAUGCAAGGACCGAAUCCCAAUGGACCAUCCAAGUCAUGGCCUGAAGGCCCUAUGGUGAACGCAGCAGCGCCUUCCAAUGCACCCCAAAAACUGAUCCCUCCUCAGCCCACCGGUAGGCCUUCUCCUGCUCCCCCAUCGGUUCCCCCAGCUGCCUCUCCCGUGAUGCCCCCACAGACCCAGUCUCCUGGUCAGCCAGCUCAGCCUCCUCCCAUGAUGCCUUACCACGCCAAGCAGAACCGCAUUACUCCCAUCCAAAAGCCAUGCGGCCUCGACCCCGUGGAGAUACUACAGGAGAGGGAGUACAGGUUGCAGGCUAGAAUUGCUCACCGAAUUGCUGAGUUGGAGAACCUGCCUGGUUCUUUGGCUGGUGAUUUACGUACCAAAGCUACAAUAGAGCUCAAAGCUCUUCGUUUGCUGAACUUUCAGAGACAGCUGCGUCAGGAGGUGGUGGUGUGCAUGCGACGCGACACAGCUCUUGAGACCGCCCUGGAUGCCAAAGCCUACAAACGGAGCAAACGUCAGUCGCUGCGAGAGGCCCGCAUCACGGAGAAGCUGGAGAAACAGCAGAAGAUUGAACAAGAGCGCAAACGCAGACAAAAACAUCAGGAGUACCUCAACAGCAUUCUCGCGCAUGCCAAAGACUUCAAAGAGUAUCACCGCUCAGUCACCGGAAAGAUUCAGAAGCUGACCAAAGCCGUGGCCACCUACCAUGCUAACACUGAGCGGGAACAGAAGAAGGAGAAUGAGCGCAUUGAGAAAGAGAGGAUGAGAAGGCUUAUGGCUGAAGAUGAAGAAGGUUACCGUAAACUGAUCGACCAGAAGAAGGAUAAGCGCCUGGCCUAUUUGCUUCAGCAAACUGACGAGUAUGUUGCCAACCUUACAGAGCUGGUUAGAGCCCACAAAGCUGCACAGGCUCUCAAGGAGAAGAAAAAGAAGAAGAAGAAAAAGAAGAAGUUAGAGAACGCAGAGGGCCAGGCUCCAGCUCUCGGGCCGGAUGGAGAGCCCCUGGAUGAAACAAGCCAGAUGAGUGACCUGCCUGUUAAGGUCAUCCAUGUUGACAGCGGGAAUAUCCUGACAGGCGUUGAUGCUCCCAAGGCUGGACAGCUGGAAACAUGGCUGGAAAUGAACCCAGGUUACGAGGUAGCUCCUCGCUCCGACAGUGAAGACAGCGAGGAGGAGGAAGAGGAGGAGGUGGGUUGCGCUCCUAAGGAGGAAGAAGAGGAGCCUCAGCCUUCAUCAGCUCCUGUGGAAGAAAAGAAGAAGAUUACAGACCCUGACAGUGAAGACGUGUCAGAGGUGGACGUCCGACAUAUCAUAGAGAAUGCUAAACAGGAUGUGGACGACGAGUACAGCGGGGCGGCUUUUGCUCGAGGACUCCAGUCAUAUUACUCUGUGGCUCACGCCGUCACAGAGAAGGUGGAGAAACAGUCCACUUUACUGAUAAAUGGACAGCUCAAACAGUAUCAGAUUAAAGGUCUGGAAUGGCUGGUUUCUCUCUACAAUAACAAUCUGAAUGGGAUCCUAGCUGAUGAGAUGGGUCUGGGAAAAACCAUCCAGACGAUUGCCCUCAUCACCUACCUCAUGGAGCACAAACGGCUCAAUGGACCCUACCUCAUCAUUGUUCCCCUCUCAACGUUGUCUAACUGGGUUUAUGAGUUUGAUAAGUGGGCCCCAUCGGUUGUUAAAGUGUCCUACAAGGGAUCUCCCGCUGCUAGAAGAGCUUUUGUCCCCCAGCUGCGCAGCGGCAAAUUUAAUGUUUUACUCACUACUUACGAGUACAUCAUCAAGGACAAACAAGUGCUGGCCAAGUUCUCUCUCCUAGGUUCAGCAACACAUUGACAUGGCCUCUCCCCAUUGUCCUCUGUGGCCAUCAUGCUGCCAUGCAUUCAUGUUGUCUUAUAGGGUUCCAGAACGGGCUGACAGAUCCGUUGGAAAUACAUGAUUGUGGAUGAAGGCCACCGGAUGAAGAACCACCACUGCAAGCUGACCCAGGUCCUAAACACCCACUACCUCGCUCCAAGGCGAGUGUUGCUGACCGGGACGCCACUGCAGAACAAGCUGCCUG